UACGAUUACUUUAAGUCAUAUUACGUUAUUCAAAAAGAGAACGCGACUGUUCAAAAAUAAUUAUAAAAUGUAUUUAAAAUAUUGUUCGUUACUAUUAAUAUUUAAUCAUAACUUUGCAAAUAGUUUUGGAAUUUUUGAUGUCAGGAAUACUUUUAAUCAUCUUAACUUGGAACUAAGUUCUCAGAUGCCGUUUAUAGGAGGGUAUAUCAAUACGCGAUGGAUUGAACAGAACUUAGAUCAUUUCGACCCAAAAGAACGAAGAAAAUGGAAUAUGAGAUAUUUUGAAGGGUUAAAUUUUUGGAAAUUAGACGGUCCAAUUUAUUUAUUUCUGGGCGGUGAGAGUUCAGCUUCAUCUGGUUGGAUCUAUACAGGUAUAAUGUACGACUUAGCAAAGGAAACGCAUGGUGCAAUGUUCGUUUCAGAGCAUCGUUACUAUGGUCAGAGUAAGCCGUUGAAUACGACAGAUGUAAAUAAUUUUAAAUAUUUAAGUUCAGUACAAGCACUCGCUGAUAAUGCAAAAUUAUUGAAAUCUAUUAAAUUGCUGCCAAUUUUCAAAAAUUCUAAAGUCGUCGUUAUCGGUGGUUCGUACUCUGGAAACUUGGCGGCUUGGAUGCGAUUGAAGUAUCCUGAUCUAGUUGAUGCCGCUAUUGCAAGCAGUGGUCCUGUUCUAGCCAAGACGGACUUUUAUGAAUACUUAGAAAAAGUAAAUGAUAACUAUGAACAAUAUGGCGGUACAGGUUGCUUGGAUAAUAUAAGAAAUAUUUUUGCUAGAUAUGAUAAAUUACUACAAAGCUCCGAGGGUAUUGAACAAUUAAAGAAAGAAGAAAAUAUAUGCAAUGAGUGCGAUAUGACAGUGUCGGAGAAUCAGCAAUUAUUUUUCGUUUCCAAAGCUGACGUUUUUAUGUACAAUUCCCAAUACGGUACUACAGAUACAAUUGAAGAUCAUUGUAAAACUUUAAAUCGUACUUUGGAACUUAAAACAUCUCAGAAUGCGUCAAAACCAAAUUUUUGGUCUGAAAGGACGCAGUGUUAUAGUUAUGAUUUUAAUGCAAUGAUAGAGGAAUUUCGUGCCGAGGAAAAUGAUUGGAUCUUAGCGUGGGUUUAUCAAACCUGUACAGAAUUCGGUUACUUUCAGACAACAACCUCAAAAUCGCAACCAUUCACCGAUAAUAUUCGACUCGAUUUUUAUACAAAAAUGUGUACUGCUUUAUAUGGAGCCGAAUUCGACGAGAAAAGAGUUGAUGCAAGCGUAAAAAGAACGAAUGAAAUGUAUGGAGGAUUAAAACCGAAUGUCACAAAUGUGGUUUUUUCGAAUGGUGAUUUAGACCCGUGGAGUAGUCUAAGUGUUUUAGAAGACUUGUCGUAUAAAGCACCAGCAGUAGUAAUACCUCGGGCGUCUCACUGUCGAGAUUUGUUUUCGAAUAUAAAAGGAGACUCUGAAGAAUUAAGAGAAGCCAGGAAACAUAUCAGAUACCUUAUUAAAAAUUGGAUAGGAGCUGGUGAUUACUUGUCUAUGGAAUGAUCGUGAAACUUUUUAAAUAUAUUUGAUCAAGAUGGUGCUCAUGUAACCAACUCAAAUAAGUGUUAAGCUCUAACCAUAGACAUUAUCGCCACAUACUCGUAUACCAUUUCUCAUACACUCAUACAAAUCGAGGCACUACUAUUGGAUCUAUGAUCGCUUUAGAUAUAUUUAUUUACACUGGCUCACUCUUAUAAAUCAAACAAAAAAAAGUAUAAAUUUUUAGUGGUAGGAUAUUCGCUAAAUCCAUAUCAACCGCGGUAUAUUUAUAUUUGAUUAGGAAUAUUAUAUUGUUGAUUGGAAAUAAAAUAAAUAUUUAUUA